GAAUAACAGUCUUCAGGGACACGAAUGGUUUCCUUAUGUCAAAUUUUUUCAAUUGUGUUAGUUCACGUGGAUUGAUAAGACCUGUUGACUAGGGUUCGUAUCUAUUCCAAUAUUACGAUCGAAAUCUGCCCAUAUUCCUCUUUAUAUUAUCAAACAAAUAUUGGCAUUUCUGUGUCGACGACGGAGGGAUUUCCAUAUAUAUUCUGGAUUCUAUUUGAAUCUUCAGUUUCCAAAGUUCCAUCUUUUACACACCACUGGAAGAAAAAUUGUUUAAAGCUACUACUACUUCUUUCACAUCAAUUCAUCCAUUUUCCCCUAGAAUUUCAAGUGUUUCUAAAUAAAGACUUGUCUAUUUGGAUACUCUAUUUUUGCAUGAUGAUGAUAAGAAUUGCUGUUGUUUUACUCAUAGCAGUGGCCUAUGCAGCGUCUCUGGAGCAGUUCCAAUUAACUGCAGAGCAGUGUCACAACUUAUACAACAAUUGGUUGGAAGCCGGAGUGAUAAAGUCGCUAGAUCAAUCUCUGACAAAACAAAAUUAUGGUGUGCUUCCUGCAAUGAAUUUCAUGAAAGCACGUGACUUAAUCAAAAAAACAGAAAUAUUUCAACUAAUACAGCAAAUACCGAAAGGGGCAGCUCUUCAUGUCCAUCACAAAGCCAUGGUUGAUGGAGAAUGGGUCUACAAUGCAACAUUUAGGGAGAAUUUGUACAUCCAGGAUGUGGAUGGCCGUCUACGACUCCAUUUUUUCGGAAAACAUGAUUCAAGUUGGCAACUUUUGAGUCAAAUUAGAACAUUGCAGCGAGAUGAUACUUUGGAAAAGAGAAUUCGGGGCGAAAUGACGAUGAUAGUGCUCAAUCCUGAAGAGAUGUACCCGAAUAGCGAUGCUGCCUGGUCGAAAUUUCAGAGGGUAUUUAAAUUUCUUAGGCCAUUCCUCAAUUACCGACCUUUGGCCGAAGAUCACUUUUACCAAGGACUCUUAGAAUUCUAUGAAGAUAAUGUCAUGUACAUGGAGGUGCGAUCGGGACUUUCAAAUUUAUAUGAUCUUAAUGGGAGGAUUUACAACACUAUUGAAACUGCGGGUAUUUUUCAGGAAGUUGCAAACAGAUUCAAAAGAGAGCAUCCGGACUUCAUCGGUGCUAAAAUAAUCUACUCCAAAAGUAAAAGAAUGGGAAAAGCCAAAUUGAAAAGUUUCCUUGACGAAGCUAUAGAAUUGAAACGGAUUUACCCUGAAUUCAUCGCUGGUGUGGAUUUGGUAGGCCGUGAAAAUCCGGCGAUACAAUUGAACGAUUACUAUGAACUACUAUCAGAAGCUGAAAAACAUAUAGAUUUUUUCUUCCAUGCUGGAGAGACACAAUUGAAUGAUGGGACUGUGUCCAGUAGCAAUGUAGAUGCGGCAAUUAGGCAUCAUUCGAAAAGAAUAGGUCAUGCUUAUUCACUUUCGAAAGAGAUACAAAUUAUAAGAGAAUUCAAAAAAAAGAAUAUUCCUGUUGAAGUUUGUCCAAUCUCAAAUCAAGUGUUGGGACUUGUGAAAGAUCUCUAUAAUCAUCAGGCAUCAGUGUUAUUUGCUCUAGACAUCCCAGUGGUAAUUUCUAGUGAUGAUCCAGGCAUGUGGGGUGCCAAAGGCCUUAGCUACGAUUUCUACGAGACCUACGUGGCCAUCAUGGAAUAUCGAGCGUCCUUUCAUUCACUUAAAAAAAUCGCUAAGGAUUCCAUUAUUUAUAGCGUUCUCUCUGCAGAUGAAAAAGUCAAAGCUCUAAAGACUAUCGACGAGAAAUGGGACCAAGCGAUAAGAAAUCACAUUAAUUUCGCGUGCAACCACCAAAUCUUUCGAGUGACUAGGAAUCCAGAAUAUGUACACUUGGAGCUUCUCAUAAUCAAUAAUUAUAGGUCUUUAAAUUGGUCGCCAAACUUUCAUUGGGAAUGGGUACCGUCGGUUAUGCCAUGGGAAAAAUCUCGACGUUGACCAAAAAACUUUGAAAUCCUUAGGCACAAACACUAAUUUUAGAAUAAAUAACACUAAAUAAAAGUUCCGGUGAAUAUUUUUUCUGAAAACGCUCAAUU